AUGUCUGAAGCUUCGGAAACUUAUGACCUGAUAUACUGGCCAGGACUGCCAGGUCGUGGUGAAUUUAUCAGACUUGUUCUGGAACAGGCUGGUGCAAACUACACUGACACUGCACACGUCGAAGAUGGUAUGAGGAUUGUCCUCUCCUACAGCAGCACCGACAACCAUGGUAGUCCUGUCAACCCACCACCUUUUGCACCACCAAUGCUAAAACACGGAAAACACACCAUUAGUCAAACACCGAACAUCCUGCUUUAUCUCGGGCCCAGACUGGGACUCGCACCUAGUACGGAAGAUGACCCGAUCGGGAUAUACCACGUCAAUGCACUUACUCUGACAGCUCUCGAUGGCUUGAGUAACGAGCCGCAUGACACGCAUCACCCGAUCGCUGUGGGGGAUUACUACGAAGAUCAGAAAGGGGAAGCAUUGAAGAGGGCCAAAAAUUAUCGAGAGCAAAGACUGCCCAAAUUUCUGGAAUAUUUCCAACGAGUACUGUCUAGCGAAACGUCCAGGGGCGGAGAGUAUCUGUACGGUGGUCAACUCACAUAUGCGGAUCUUGUGCUAUUUCAGACCAUUGACGGAGUGAGUUUCGCGUUUCCCAAGCGGAUGAGCAGUCUGAAGGAGAGUGGGAAAUACGACAAGGUGUUCGCGUUGCACGAGCGUGUCAAGGCUUUGGAUAAGAUUGCGGCCUAUCUUAAAAGCGGAAAAAGGCAAAAAUACUUGAUGGGCAUCUAUCGACAUUAUCCUGAGUUGGACGACGAAUAA